UGAUGAUUUAGUGAAUUAAAUUAAUUAUUAGCUAUAGUAUAAUUGAUAGCUUAAUUACUCUAUAAUGUACUAGCUGCUGUAACCUGUUGCGUUGCAACAGGAUAAUUUAUGGUAUAUACCAAUUUAUACCCAUGGCCUUUUUCCUUUUUUUUGCUACUGGCUUAUCUUACUUUUUACAUAAUCUUUUUAAGUAGUUGCCAUAUUUCUUUCAUAUAUUAUUCAUUAGUAUUUUGGAAGCAUAUCUGUAAUCAAUAUAAUCAAUUUUUUUUUAUAUCAUUAAAAUUUA